UGGAAGCUCAGUCGAGGCUGUGGGGUGUCUGCUUUGUCGGUGAUGCAGUAAGCGAUUCCCUGGGCGGUCGUGAUGUGGCUGUAGUCUGGUUAUAUACAACGGGGGGUCGUUGGUGGUGAGCUGGAGUGACAGGUUUGCAGCCAUGAGGGUUCCUAGGUUUACUCUCUUUUUUUGUAUUUGGUUCUUAUUCGCUCUGACAGUGAAUGCACACUCAACUCGCUCUCUGGCCUUGUACAACACCACUACCCUGCAGAAUGUCGCCAUCCACACGGCGUCACACAAGGUCAAACCCUCCACGGAAUUCAACAUUACAUUCACAAUAGACGACGAAGAGACACCCGUCAAGUUAGUACUGACACCCAACCGCGACCUGUUCGUCCAGGAGCCACAUAUCCAGUUCAUCGGCGGGAAUGGAGCCCGCCGGACAGAGAGUAUGAAACGCAGCAAGCACCGCGUCUUCCGGGGUACUGUAUUUCUGCAAUCACCUUCUUUCCAAUGGAUUCAGGUUGGAUGGGCUAGGAUCACUGUUGUUAGAGAUGGAGUCGACCCUCUCUUCGACGGCGCGUUCAGUAUCUCGGGCGUACAGUACGAUAUCAAACUCGAAUCUAACAAGGAAAAUGGCACUCGACAACAGCGAAUGACCGUACAACGGGGCUACCAGGACCAGAUAUUAGCAGCAGCAGCUCCAGCAUGGUCCGGGUCCUUGGAGGUCCUCAAACGGCAGUAUACGCUCACCAGCGACGACUUCGUCGACUCCAUCGGCAGCACGGAUGGAUGUCCCAGCGAUCGCGAGAUUGCACUCAUCGGAAUCGCCACGGACUGCACAUACACUGGCUACUUCGAGUCGUCCGAGGACCUGGUCCAGUCCCUCGUGACGAUGGUCAACACGGCAUCCGAGGUCUUCGAGUCCGCGUUCAAUAUCGCCCUCAGCUUCCACAACCUCACCAUCCAGGAAGAAGAGUGUCCAAGCUCCCCAACCCGUGAAGAGCCCUGGAACGUAAACUGCGCAGCUGGUGGGUUGGACUUCCGCCUGCAGCAGUUCACGGAGUGGAGGGGGACAUUGAGGAACGAUGAGAAUGCCUACUGGACGCUGAUGACGGGGUGUCCGACUGAGUCGGAGGUUGGGGUUUCGUGGGUUGGACAGCUGUGUGAUAGCGAGCGGAGCACGAAUAUUGUGGCGAGAGCUUCGAAUCAGUGGCAGGUCUUUGCGCAUGAAUCUGCGCAUACGUUCGGCGCAUACCACGACUGUGAUAGAAACACCUGCGCCCGCGGUCGACAGUGCUGUCCGCUGUCUGGCUCGACGUGUAGCGCUGGUGGCGAAUAUCUCAUGAACCCAGUCUCGACGUCUCCUCAAAGCGAGUUCUCGCCGUGUACGAUUGGGAAUGUCUGCGCGGCCAUGGGAUCACGGAUGGUGAACACGCGCUGUCUGACGACAAAUACAAACACACCCACCGUUUCAGCUGGGGAAUGCGGGAAUGGAAUUCUCGAAGUCGGAGAAGAGUGUGACUGCGGCGACGAGUGUGAUGGGAAUCCCUGCUGUGAUGGAUCGACGUGCAGGUUGAUUGGGGACUCGGUCUGCGAUGACUCUACGGACUCUUGCUGUUCUGAGUGCCAGUAUGCGUCGGCGGGGACGGUUUGUCGCGCUGCUAUUAGUGAGUGUGAUAUCGAAGAGACCUGCUCUGGGAAUUCUCGAGAUUGUCCAGAGGACGAGCAUGAAGAGGAUGGAGGCUCCUGUGGGACUGGUGAUGAUUUAUUCUGCGCCACUGGGCAGUGCACGAAUCGCGACUUGCAAUGUCAGCAGCAGCUUACUGGCGAUAAUUCUACUAUAUCGUCGUGCGGGAACAAUACGUGUAUUCUGGAGUGUUCGUCGUCCUGGGGACAGGCUGGGUCUUGUUCGAGUGCUGGGAAUGUCCUGGAUGGCACACCCUGCGAUGGCGGUCUAUGCCGCAGUGGAGAAUGCAGGAGUAGACGGGACAAUAGCGGAAGCUCAUGGGUGGACCGACAUCGGUCUCUGGUUAUUGGUCUAUCGGCUGGAAUAGGAGGUGCCUUGGUUCUUGCUGGUCUGUUCUGUAUUAUCUGCUGCUGCUGCCGACGACGCCCUAAGAAGGCCACCCCUGUGUCUCAGCCACCGCUACCACAGCGUCUUCCUGUCGGGGCAUAUAUUCCUCCUCCGCCUGCUUACUCGCCUCGGCCUCCAAUGGCGUCAUAUAGAUAUGCUUGAUCAAUGAAUAUCUUAGUUCAACCUUAGCCU